ACCGGCCGCGGGGGCCGACCGACCAGCACCAGGCGACAGGACCCGGCGGCACGUUCAGCGAGUGCCGUGUGCCCGGAGGCGGUAUCGCCGUGAAGGUAGAGGGUGACGUGGAGAUGGCAUCAAAGCACACCGAAAAAGCUAAGGCUCCGAGUGCGCGAGGCGCGGCGAAGCAGUCGCGGCCGGCGCGCGCGCGCCAGCCGGACCCGGCGCUGUGGCGGCGCGUGGACGGUCCUAGCCCCUAUCAGUGCGUGCUCUGCCACAAGCAGUUCCAGUACCUGGCGAGCAUCAAGAUACACGCGCGCACGCACACGGGCGAGAAGCCGCACGGCUGUGACGUAUGCGGCCGCCAGUUCGCGCUGCUUUCGACGCUGACCAAUCACCGGCGCCUGCACUCGGGAGACAAGCCGUUCAAGUGCGACGACUGCGGCCGCGCGUUCGCGCAGCAGUCCUACCUGUGCGUGCACAAGCGCGUGCACUCGACCGACAAGCCGUUCUGCUGCGAGCAGUGCGGCAAGACCUUCAAGCAGGCCUAUUACCUCAACAUCCACAAGCGCUUCCACUCGGGCGAGAAGCCCUACAAGUGCGACGACUGUGGUAAGGGCUUCGCCACGGUCUCCAACUUUUACAAGCACCAGCGCGGCCAUCGCGGCGAGCGCCAGUUCUGCUGCGAGCAGUGCGGCAAGACGUUCCGAGAGCACUGCCAGCUGCGCGACCACCGGCGCGUGCACACCGGGGAGAGGCCCUUCUCCUGCGACGUGUGCGGCAUGACGUUCACCUUGGCCAAGAUCCUGGCGCGCCACGCCCGCCUGCAUACCGGCGAGAAGCCGUACGUUUGCGCCGCUUGCGGCAAGGCCUUCAGCCGCAGCGAGAAUCUGCGCGACCACGCGAAAGUGCACGAGACGCACGAGGUGCCCGCGGCGCCGUCCGUGCCGCCGCCGGCCGCCGGCGACGACCGCUACUACAUGGUGAACGUGAUGCCGGUGACGGACGUGCAGGAGGCGCUGGCCUGGCCGCUGGAGGUGUACCGCACCGAGACGGGCGUCACCGUGUACAAGACGCUGGCCGAGGAUGGCGCGGCGCUCUACCAGACGGAGACGGGGAGCUGUUUUGAGCAGCACAUCCGCGGCAUGUCGGCCCGCAACAGUCUCUUCUACCCGGCCUGGUCUGAGACGGUGCCGGAGACGCGCAGCGAGCGGGCCGACGUGCUGGUGCAGCUGUUCUCGCCGUUCCUCGCCUCGCAACGCAUCAUGGGCCUGGAGUUCCACGACCCGUACAGCUGCAUCGAGUGCGAGAACGGCCUGCUCAUGGUGUUCUCUGAGUUACCUGACGUACCAGUUCCUGUGCCUGUGCCAGCACUCCAGCUCUCGCCGAGGAAGUACAUCUCGGUGGCGGUCAGCCUCGCCAAGCUGCUCUGCGGGCCUGUUCUGACCAGACUCAAGUCGAGCGACGCCUCGCUCUCGCGCCAGCUGGCCGACAUGCUCACCUCCUACUGCGAGCUGCAGCGCAGCAGCCAGGCCUACCACGUGGAGGCCGUGGAGCGGCUCAUCAUCGGCGACGACGUCCAGAACAAGAUGGUCUCCGUGCUGCAGCGGGUGGUGACCGGUCUGCCGUCGGGGCCGCGCGCCCACGCCUUCCUGGCCGUGGACAGCACGCUGGUGAGCCUGUACUCGGGCCGCCAGUUCGCGCUGCUUUCGACGCUGACCAAUCACCGGCGCAUGCACUCGGGAGACAAGCCGUUCAAGUGCGAACGACUGCGGGCCCGCGCGUUCGCGCAGCAGUCCUACCUUGCGGCAAAGACCUUCAAGCAGGCCUAUUACCUCAACAUCCACAAGCGCUUCCACUCGGGCGAGAAGCCCUACAAGUGCGACGACUGUGUGCGCAAGACGUUCCGAGAGCACUGCCAGCUGCGCGACCACCGGCGCGUGCACACCGGGGAGAGGCCCUUCUCCUGCGACGUGUGCGGCAUGACGUUCACCUUGGCCAAGAUCCUGGAGCGCCACGCCCGCCUGCAUACCGGCGAGAAGCCGUACGUUUGCGCCGCUUGCGGCAAGGCCUUCAGCCGCAGCGAGAAUCUGCGCGACCACGCGAAAGUGCACGAGACGCACGAGGUGCCCGCGGCGCCGUCCGUGCCGCCGCCGGCCGCCGGCGACGACCGCUACUACAUGGUGAACGUGAUGCCGGUGACGGACGUGCAGGAGGCGCUGGCCUGGCCGCUGGAGGUGUACCGCACCGAGACGGGCGUCACCGUGUACAAGACGCUGGCCGAGGAUGGCGCGGCGCUCUACCAGACGGAGACGGGGGAGGUGUUCCGGGAAAUGGCCGGCGCCGUGGAGCUGGCCGCCCCCGACAGCGGCCUGUGGCCGUCGGCGCCCCAGACAGGUGCCGUGGGCCGCACCGCCGCCUGA